AACGAAACAAGGUCUGGGUGGCUGUACCGUAGGGCAGGGCGUCUAAGCUCCUGAAGCGUCUUUAAGGGCUCCAGACAUUCCUCUACUGCUUCCGUCCUUGCCGUCAAGACCAGUCUUGCACAUCUUCUCUUCCCUGCCUAGUUCAUACUUUGCAUUAUCUCCACAACUGCUCUGCUUAGACCUAGAGGCACCAUGGCGAAGCCAAUAAAAGUAUGGAUGGCACCUCCAGGACCAAAUCCGUGGAAGGUUGUGCUCAUUCUCGAAGAGCUAGACAUCCCCUACGAGAUCGUGUCGUUCAAAUUUGAUGACGUCAAGAAGAAGCCAUUCAUCGACCUGAAUCCCAAUGGUCGAGUUCCAGCGAUCGAGGACCCUAACACCGGCCUCACGCUGUGGGAAUCCGGCGCCAUCAUCCAGUACUUGAUUGAGCAGUACGACACCGAAAAGAAGUUAACUUAUGGCGAUGUGAUCAAGAAAAACCAACUGAACCAAUGGCUUAUGUUCCAGAUGAGCGGGCAAGGCCCUUAUUUCGGCCAGGCUGGCUGGUUCAAUGUGCUCCACUCUGAGAAAAUUCCAUCGGCCAUCGAACGCUACAAUACCGAAGUCAAGCGCAUAUUGAGCGUGCUUGAAGGCCAACUGGAAGGGAAGCAGUGGCUCGUUGGUGACAAAAUUACCUUCGCGGAUCUCUCAUUCGUGACGUGGAACGACAGAAUCGAUGCGACGCUUAUGUGUGCUCCAGAGAAGAAGUUCGAUGGAAUCCCGAAUGUCAAAGCCUGGCAUGAGCGUAUGACUUCGAGGCCAUCCUGGAAGAAGGCUAUGGAGACGAGGGCUAAGCUGAUGGACGAACAAGGGCUGCAGUGGAAUGGCAUGCCGAAGGGCAUCAACAAUAUGGAAGAGUACGAGGCGAAGAUCAAAGCUGAUGCAGAAGCCAGAGCAAAUGGAGAGGCUGUUGGAUAGUUGCUAUCUUCACAGCAGGGGUUGACUAGCGUGAACAAUGAUAUGGAGUGUAUAGAGAAAUAAUGAAAGGGUGAACACGAG